AUGGACAGGUCGAUGCGUGGCAUUGGCUCGAGAAACCAAUUACGAAGACCAAUUUUACAUUCAAACCCUACGGAAUCUAAUGUUUUAAACCGUUCGAGACGAAACCAACUUGCUAAGGACCUGAAUAGUAUCUCUUCAUCCCAGGAUGAUAAUUCGCUAAAACCAUCUAAGAGUUUAUCUAGUCCAAAUCUACAUAAACUUGGUCGUUCAGAGUUAUCUCAUGGUACUGGAAGUACUAUCAAAGAUAGGCCAUUGCCCCAAUAUGAAGCAGGUUUUUAUUUUCCAAGCCACAGUUCAGAGGCUCUUAAUGAAGAGCUAGAAGAUGACGAAAUAGGAGAUUAUGACGAUGAUAAUACAGAUGGAAAUGAUCAUAACAAUCUGAAUGAAAAAAUCAAGAGUCCCCGAAACAAACUGUAUAAUGGCCUACAUGGUGUGACGUCAGGUAGAAGGAGAAAUCCCAAUUUAAUACACUAUGAAAACGACGAGUCGUUAUUAGUUGAUGUGCUACCAUCAUUUGAUAUGUAUAAUGUAUUACAUAGACAUAUCCCUCAGGGAAAUGUUGAUCCAGACAGGCAUGAUUUUCCUCCAACAUAUCAGGAGGAAUCAACACAAACUUUAGAACCUCCUCCAGAGAUACAUAGCCAUGAUAAUCUAAUUCAAAAUAAUCAUCAUCACUUACCAAACCAACCUAUUGAUUCAAAUGUACACCAAGAAUCCUUUGACAUCCAUGAUUUACGUCCUUUAAAUACUCUACGUUAUAGUAUUUCAAACAAUAUUCCAUUCGAAGAUGAUCUGAAUGAUGCUGAUAACAUAGUCAUUGAUAAAGUUUACUCGUUACCAAAAUUAGCUACUCCUAUUGAAAUUGAAAUACAUAUUACCAAGAACGCUCCAAAACCAGAUAUCAAAGUCCCGGAUGAAUCUAUAUUGAAAGAAUAUACUUCUGGUGAUAUAAUCCAUGGGUAUUGUACGAUUCAUAACAGAUCAGCUAAUAGAUUAAAAUUUGAAAUGUUUUAUGUUACUUUAGAAGGUUAUAUUUCAAUUAUUGAUAGACAAAAGGGUAAAAGGACAGUGAAGAGGUUUUUGAGAAUGGUAGAUUUGAGUGCGUCAUGGUCAUACACAAAUAUCGAUUUAAGUUCUGGUAUAGACAUUAAAGUUGGAGAAAGAGAUAAAGAAGAUGGUGCAAUUUUUGGUUUGAAUAACAGUAGAAUCCUAGAACCAAAUAUGAAAUACAAAAAAAUAUUCAUGUUCAAACUUCCUACACAAUUGUUGGACGUAUCAUGUAAACAUGAACAAUAUUCACAUUGUUUAAUACCACCAAGUUUUGGUAUUGAUAAAUUUAAGGAUCGUGGUAAGUAUGCUGGUAUCAGAAUAAAUAAUGUACUUGGUUGUGGUCAUUUGGGUAGUAAAGGAUCACCUAUAUUAACAAGAGAUCUUUCAGAUGAUGAUAUAUCGAUUAAUUAUACUAUUGAUGCAAGAAUUGUUGGUAAGGAUCCAAAAUCUCAUAAAUUGAAUAUAAUGAAAGAACGUGAAUAUAAUCUAAGAGUGAUGCCAUUUGAAUUUGGUUCAUCUUUGAAAACCGAAAGUAAAGCUUCUAAAAAACAAUUAAAGGAUUUAGAGAGAUUGAUUCAAGAGCGAUUAAAUGCAUUAGAAACAAUUAAAGAAAGAGUCUCUAAAAAUGAACAAAUUUUAAAUUCUGAUAUCCAUAUGGAUGUAUUGAGUGGGACUUUUGAUAAUAAUGAUGAAUUAGAUUCACAAAAUAUAUUAGCACGGAAAUUAGAUCAAUUACAUAUUAAUAAUAGACUUGAUGAUGCCCGAAAUAUUCAUGAAUUAUCAGAUUUUAAGAGUCUUGCUCCAUCAAAACAUUCUGUCGAAACUGAAUUGAGUUAUAAGUAUAAGUCAAAGAGCAAAUCCAAGAGUAAAUCCAAGAGUAAAUUAUCAAGUAAAUCUUCUGGAUUCUUUUCUGGGUUCAUUACAUCUGCAUCAUCGUCAUUAUCAUUAACUGGAAUAAGUUCUCCAUCGACAGAUUCCAAAAAUUCUUUAACACCAACUAAAUCAGGUGGACAUACUUUACCACAUGCUUCAGCAGAUCAUAUUGAUAUAAUUAAAUCAACUGAGCAACCUCAAUCACCAUUAACGAAACCAUCAACAACCGCUACCACCUUAUCUGCAUCCUCUUCAAAAAAUGAGAAAUCAGGUUUACUCGUAAUAUCUGCAAAUAUUCCUGUCCGUAGUAUACCAUAUUGGUCUCCAUCUAUAAUCCGAAAGGCGAAUAAGAUGGAAAACAAGAAUCGACAUGAUCAAGAAAACUGGUCUCGUUUAGCUCAAUUAGUUUCUGAGAAUGAACGAGAUAUAUUAAGAUGCUUACCAAUUAGAAUAACGUGUAUUGAAUCCAAUAAUAGUAUUCCUCACGAUCCACCACCAAUCCACUCUAUAACUACUCAAUUAGUUGUUAUUACAGGGAAAUCCGAUUUUUCAAUACCUAUAAAAUUAAGUGUCGAUAUGCUUUCAGAUACGAAUAGAUUAUCGAAUAUGAAGGAAAAAUUUGGUUCUUAUCGUGAACAAGUGAGUAAUUAUCAGACAUGGUUUCAAGAGAAUAGUGAUAAGAUCAAUGAACUAUAUAAUAUGGGUACAUCUAGUGGAAAUACAAAGACUUUACAUUUCAAAGAUUUUGUAUCUGAUCAAAUCAAAUCAGACAUUGAGAGUCUAAGUAACAUCGAAGUAAGAUGUGAUAUAUUAAAUGACAUAUUCAAGAAACAACCAUCUUCUGCGACUCAAGUAUCUCAUAGUCCCUUACGCCACGUUGAAAGGACGUCUUCACCAAUACGACAUGAAAUCCCAGAUUCGCCAAAACCCAAUAAAUCAACAUCUGAAGUGACUGACCCCUCUCUUGUGGCUGGUAAAGGUUGGUCUCAAGUUAGUAUGCAAGAAUACGAAAGAUAUGUGAGUGCUGAUUUAGAGAUGACUCGAGAUAUCGGAGAGACAUUAAUACCAAGUUUCGAAAGUUGUUUAUGUUGUCGAUUCUAUGCUAUCCGUGUGAAUAUUAAAUUUGAUAGUCAUAUUGGAUGUGCCCGUCUUGAUAUUCCAAUCAAUGUCAAGAAGAUGAAUAUAUAA